CAAGUGCCAGCGGAAGUACUUCAAAAAUUCAAUUAAUAUUAACUAAAGUAAGAAAGUAAUUAAGCGGCAUAAUGAGCGUUCAACAAUUUGAGCAAGAAGUUCUUCAAGCCCACAAUUCAUAUCGGGCCAAGCAUGGGGCUCAACCCUUGACCUUGAGCCCCAAACUGAAUCAAUUGGCCAGGGAGUGGGCCAGUUAUUUGCUGUCCAGAAAUCGCAUGGAACAUCGCCAGAACAGUGGAUAUGGUGAGAACAUUUACAUGGCCUCCGGGGGAAAUCUGAAAGGUGCCGAUGCCGUCAGAUCCUGGUACGAAGAGAUUCGACACUACAAUUGGAAUCAUCCGUCGUUUCAAGGUAACACCGGCCAUUUCACUCAGGUGGUCUGGAAGAGCUCCACCGAGCUGGGCGUGGGUUUUGCGAAGAGUGGCAGUACCAUAUAUGUGGUGUGCAACUACAAUCCCCCUGGCAACUACAACAACUUGUUCAGGGAGAAUGUCGCACCCCCAAUGCAAUAGAUAUAUAAAGGU